AUGCCGUCUAUCACAGACACUAUGAAAGCAGACCACCAGGAGCUGCGAGAUGACUACAACAAAAUUGUCAACGCCACGGAUGAAGACUCCAUGACCCGCUACGGCAACAAGUUCACCUGGGACCUCGCCCGCUACGCUGUUGCAGAGGAACUCGUCGUCUAUCCGGCCCUCGAAUCCCACAUGGACCACGGCAGCGUCAUCGUCGACCACGACCGUGCCGAGAGCCAAAAGAUCAAGCAACUACUCGCUACUUUCCAGCCAUUGUCUGCCUCGGACGCCAAGUAUAGGCAUACGCUGGACGAACUCAUGAACAAGAUGAGCACGCACAUCAACGAGGAAGAAGACGAGUAUCUUCCUUCGCUCGAGUCGGUGUUGGAUCCGGUAGAGUCGGAGCAGUUGGCGCGGACAUUCGAGCGGACAAAGAUAUUGAUGCCAACCAGGAGCCAUCCGAACGCUGUGGCCGAACAGCCCAUGUUUGAGACUGCAUUGGCUCUUAUUCAGGCGCCAAUUGACCGUGUUGCGGACCUUAUGAGGCGGUUUCCAGAGGAGUAA